AUGCCAAGGCCAAAUUCCACAGCUGUAAGUGAUUUCACCUUCGAGGGGUUCUCCAGCUUCAGGUGGCAGCACCGGCUCAUUCUCUUUGUAGUUUUUCUGAGCCUGUACUUUUUGACACUGACUGGCAAUGGCAUCAUUGUGACCAUCAUCCGCCUCGAUCGUCAUCUCCACAUACCCAUGUAUUUCUUCUUGAGUGCACUGUCUAUCUCUGAGACAUGCUAUACAUUGGCCAUCAUUCCUCGCAUGCUGGCUGGCCUUCUAAGUCCGCACCAGCCCAUUACCAUCCCAGAAUGUGCCACACAGCUCUUCUUCUAUCUUACCUUUGGCAUCAAUAAUUGUUUCUUGCUUACAGCCAUGGGCUACGAUCGUUAUGUGGCCAUCUGCAAUCCUUUACGGUAUUCAGUCAUCAUGGGGAAGAGUGCUUGUAUUCAACUGGUAGGUGGAUCAUGGGGGAUUGGCCUUGGAAUGGCCAUAAUUCAAGUGACAUCUGUGUUCGGCCUCCCAUUCUACCCCAUGAAGAGAGAAAACUAUUCAGAGGUGAGUGAGUUUAUUUUCCAAGGGUUCUCCAACUUUCAAGAACACCAAAUUACACUUUUCAUGGUAUUCCUUGCUCUGUACAUCUUAACCCUUGCAGGGAAUGCCAUUAUUGUGACCAUCAUCAGCAUGGAUCGUCAUCUCCAUACUCCAAUGUACUUCUUUCUAAGUAUGCUGUCCAUUUCUGAAACUUUCUACACAUUGGUAAUUGUCCCACAAAUGCUGGCCAGUCUCACUGGUCUGAAUCAGCCCAUCUCUUUAGCAGGUUGUGCUACUCAGAUGUUUUUCUUUAUCACUUUAGCUAUCAAUAACUGCUUCCUGCUCACAGCCAUGGGAUAUGAUCGUUAUGUGGCCAUUUGCAACCCCUUGAGGUACACAGUAAUCAUGGACAAGAAGAUGUGUGCCAAGUUAAUCUGUGGUUCAUGUGCCAUUGGUUUGACUAUUGCAACAGUUCAGAUUGCAUCUGUGUUCAGGCUGCCCUUCUGUGAUGCAAGAGUACCCCAUUAUUUCUGUGAUAUUCUCCCAAUAAUGAUGCUUUCCUGUGUUGACACCUCUAUUCAUGAUAUUAUCAAUUUUAUCAUUAGCUCACUAGUAAUUGUGGUUCCCAUGGGUUUGGUCUUCAUCUCGUAUGUCCUUAUCAUCUCCACCAUACUAAAAAUUGCAUCUGCUGAGGGAAGGCAGAAGGCCUUUGCAACAUGUGCUUCUCAUAUCACUGUGGUUAUUAUUCAUUAUGGAUGUGCUUCUAUUGCCUACCUUAAGCCCAAGUCAGAAAAUACCAGAGACCAGGAUCAACUGAUUUCAGUGACUUAUACUGUUUUCACUCCACUGUUGAACCCUGUUGUAUAUACUCUGAGGAAUAAGGAAGUCAAAGAUGCUCUGCGCCGGGCUGUGGGAAGAAAAUCCCUAUGCUAA